ACACUACCUCGCUUAACCACAGCAGGAUGGCGCAAUAGGGAGUGCAGGAAUGAUGAACGCUUCAUGUGUUAACCGAGAUUUAGUCUUUCGGACGUUUUCGGCUCAUUCCGCUAUUCUCCGUGCCGCUUUCUCUAGUUCUCACGCAGUCCUGUCCUGCUCCGCGCUGCGCUGAGCUGGAAAAUGGCAGUUCGGCAAGUUGAAAAGAUUCGUGCGGAAUGAAAAGGAAAAAGAAAUCAAUCCUGUACUCUGCUGAGGGAGUAGAUGGGAGUUGAAAACCUGAGUCCGGCCGAGAGUUAUCGCACAUUUAUUUGCACGCGCGAAAGAAAACCGUCAACGCUUUUGCAAUGACUUGCCACGGUCAUCAUGUUACACUGGGAGGAUCACAUCUUGAGAGGGAAUGUUGAGCAACCUGCUAUAAGACGACACCAGCUGAUUUGGCAAAAUAAAUCUGUGAAGGACUUCAUUCUUUAUUUCUUUUCCGGAGCCUGAAUGAGCAUGCUGCAUUUCCUCUGUUCCAUCAUUUGGUUGAACCGUGGGUUCAAGUUGAGAAAAGUGGUCAGGUCUAAGCCGUUGCUACCGCGCAUGCCUGUUUAUGAGCUCCGGUCAGAAGUGCUUAGCUUUUAACCAAACGUCCCACGGUACAACAUCAUUCGCACCCUCGCAAAGUUUCAUCCCCAGUCCGACGCUCUUCUGCCUGGGGUGACUGUCAGUUCAUACUCUGAAAAUGGCUGCCGAUGGCUUCCAGUACAGAUCUCUGUACUCCUACUCUAAGGACUGGGAGGAUGACAUUGACCUUGAGCCUGGUGAUGUCCUGACGGUCGACAAAGCGUCUCUGCUGUCACUGGGCAUCAAAGAGGGAGAGGAGGAGCACCCAGAAUGCAUCGACUGGAUCUUGGGCUUUAACGAGCGAACCAAACAGAGGGGAGACUUUCCAGGGACGUACGUGCAGUAUGUGGGACCUGUGCAAAUGUCAGUGCCGUCCUGCCAGCCUCGUUCUCAGAGACCGCUUCCUGCUGUUCCCAGACCUGAGCCAACAGCCUCCUCGCAGGUUGCUCCAGUGCUGGACUUGACCAAACAAUUCACACACCCGGAAACUGCUCCUCCUAAUCUUAUUAAGUUGGUCGAAGCAAUUGAGCGGACAGGUCUGGACUCUAGGACACUUUACAGGACAUCCACUGCUUCCGCUUCUGACAGACAGAGCCUCGCUGAGCUGCAGGAGUUGGACGUGGGACAGUGGGACAUUCAUGCCCUCUCGGAGGCUCUCAUUCGGUACCUGCAGGAACUUCCUGCCCCCAUCAUCCCUCCCUCUGUUUAUACAGACCUUCAGGCAGCAGUGAAGCUAGAAUCGGACGUCCCGUCCGAGAGGAGACGCGAGCAGCUGCUGCAGGGGCUGGAAAAGCCUGAAGUUCCACUGCAGAACCUCCUGACGCUGCAUUAUUUGCUCAGACACCUGGAGAAGGUCUGCCAGCGCGCCGAGCAGAACGGCCUCGACAUUCACACCCUCGGUCAAAUCUUUGGCCCUCUGCUGAUCAGGAGCCCUGUGAGCGGGUCAGAGGAAGAUGAGGGGUUUCCUGCGGUUGCAGUUGAGAGACUUCUUUUGGAGAGAAUUUGGGAACAAGAGCCGACUCCUCCCGCUCUCCCUCCUAAACCGCCCAAAGCCAAAGCCAUGGCCUCAUCUGUGACCAAUGGAAACAACAGCUUACUGAGUGAAGCUGAAUGGUACUGGGGAGACAUUUCUAGAGAGGAGGUGAAUGAGAAGAUGAGAGACACUCCUGAUGGUACGUUCCUGGUGCGGGAUGCAUCAAGCAAAGUGCAGGGAGAGUAUACCUUGACCCUCAGGAAAGGAGGCAAUAACAAACUGAUCAAGGUUUUUCACCGCGGGGGGAAGUAUGGCUUCUCAGAGCCUCUUACUUUUCUCUCUGUGGUGGAGCUCAUCAACCACUACCGGCAUGAGUCACUGGCCCAGUACAACGCCAAGCUGGACACUCGCCUGCUCUUCCCCGUGUCUAAAUAUCAGCAGGAUCAGGUAGUGAAAGAGGACAGUAUCGAGGCGGUAGGAGAGCAGCUGAAGGUUUAUCACGAGCAGUAUCAGGAGAAGAAUCGUGAAUAUGAUGUACUGUAUGAAGAAUACACACGCACAUCACAAGAGCUCCAGAUGAAACGAACCGCCAUAGAGGCCUUUAAUGAGACCAUCAAGAUCUUUGAGGAGCAGUGCGAGACCCAGGAGCGCCUCAGCAGAGAAAGCAUUGAGAAGUUUCGCAGAGAAGGCAACGACAAGGAGAUUGAGAGAAUUCAGAGCAACUCUGAGAAGCUGAAAUCCAGAGUGACAGAGAUUCAUGACAGCAAGAGGAAGUUGGAACUGGACUUGAAGCGACAAGCUACAGACAAUCGAGAGAUAGACAAGAGGAUGAACAGCUUGAAACCAGACCUCAUACAGCUGAGGAAGCUACGGGACCAAUAUCUUGUAUGGUUGACUCAGAAAGGCACCAAACAAAGGAAGAUCAACGACUGGCUGGGUAUAAAGAACGAAUCAGAGGACUUCUAUUCUCUGUUGGAUGACGAUGACGAUCAAGCACAUCACGAUGAGUGCGCCUGGUACGUUGGGGACAUCAAGCGCACACAGGCGGAGGAUCUCCUGAGAGGCAAACGAGAUGGCACCUUCCUCAUCAGAGAGAGCCAGACCCAGAAGGGCUCCUUCGCCUGCUCUGUAGUGUGA